AUGGCUUCAGCAGAGCCAAUAGCCUCGCCGCUGCUCUCCCUGCCGCCAGAAGUCAGGCUGAGAAUCUACUACUGGGCCUACUUGAUGAGUCCCAUUCAGCCCAAGGAGCUGGCGGCGGGCUAUCCCAUCCCCAUGCUGUGCCGCUACAUCCUGCACCCGCUGGAUCCCAAUCUCGAGAGGCAGGAGAGGAUCAAGGACAAGAUGAGGGAGCUGAACAAGCGGAUCAAGGGCCUGCUCAGCUCGGACAGGCCUCUCGCGGGCAUGCCGACGGGUCUACUGUGCUCCUGUCGCCAGAUAUACUUUGAGGCACGAACCAUGCCCUUUGAGAACAACGAGUUUGUCUUCCUCAACUGGUUCUCGUCGGGCCUGAAUGCUGCUUCAGCAGUGACGAGGUCGCAGCGGCCGUGGCAGCGUCUGUCGAUGCGAUACGUGCGGAUGGAAGUCAUGGCCGAGGAUCUCGCGAGGACAGGCGCGCUGAAGAAGUGGGCGGAUUUAUGCGGUGGCCCUGACGAGCGUCUGGCGUCGUGGUCUCAUGGCCUUCGAGGCCUGAGAUUGAAGAUUGUGGGACAGGUUGGGCGGAAGCACACCGAGACUGCGCAGGAGGCCGAGGAUAAGUUUAUCGACGGGCUGGAGGAGGAGGGCGGUGCGAGGCGGUGGGUUGAGGAGGGGAAAUUGGCCGAGAUGAAGAAUCUGGAGAGGCUGGAGAUUGAGAUUAUCAAGAAUGCGUGGGGGACGGAGGAGAAGAUGGCGUGGUGUGCAAAGGCCGAGGAGGCGUUGCGGGAGUUUGGGUCAAGGGCGGAGGUUGUGAGUAUGGCGAGGAUUGUGUGAGUCGGGUGGGUAUGACUGGAUGACGUGUGUCGGUUUUCUAUAUUUGGCUGGCUUUCAUAAUGACUUAUUGGUGUUUAUUGCUUUUACAAUACUAUCAUGAAUAUCUGUUACGGCACAUCGCCAUGCUUACAUGGGAU